AGGAAUGAACGGGGCCCCGCCUCCAACGCUGUAUCCAGUUCUCUUAAUACAUCCAUGGCUGAGAGCCACAGACAGGGAUGGGAAGACAGAAAGUCUUGACAGAUGGACUAACACAUUGUUGGUUUUGGUCUUUUCGUAGGAUUAGUUAAUAAUAAUAAGAGAAAAAGUAAUAAUCCCAGCCUUAUUUGAUAAGUAGAGACUUUCAUUGCUGAAAUGUGAAUGUCCCUCAUGGUGGUGGGGAGAGACUUGUUACCGUAUUUGGGAGUAGGGACUUGCAGGUUUUAUGGUGGACAUACCAUAAUUAAGAGAGUUCCUGUUUCUGUCAAUAAUCAAUUACACUGGGAUCAAUGUACUCUGCAGGCAGUGCAGUCAGUGAAACAGGUCUGCGGAAAGCAGCUUGAAGUCCUGAGCAUUUUAUGAAGACCGUACAGCCGGAGGAACCCAGGAUGUGUUGAGAAUUAAAAUGCAGCGGAGUGGAGCUCGGUUUUUGGGUUGAUGGGAUCGCCUGCUGGAUGCUGACGGGGUGCUUGCAGUGACUCAUGAGGAUGAGGAGGGAGGGAGGAGGGAGGCAUCACUCAGCAGAUUUUCUUCUGUGAGGGAGGUGCGACUGAGGGGAAACCCUGCUCUUCACCCUGCCCCCUCCUUCUACUCUAGCUGAUGACUGAAGGCAUAAAUUAAAUUCCAUGUCGCUAUCUUGUCCUCCAUUGGCUGAGGGGCUCGUUCCAUAGCUCGACAGUGGAACCUGCUAGUAUGGGCUGCUGCGAUUGGUCCGGCUCAGCUGCAGUGAGGAUGCAGGUUUCUGGAGACUUUGCUGCAUAUCUCUGGCUGCUGAUACCGAAGCCGGCUAAGUGGCAAAUCCUGCUGCUCUCAUCAUUUAAUAACUCUCAACAUGAGGAACUUAGAGUGUGAAGUUCUAGGUUUGAUAAAUGGAUCAUGCAUCAGUUAUAAUUAUAUAUGAUAUGGCAAGAGUUAGAUUUAGCGUUUAGUUUUUAUCUUGCUGGACCUGAGCCUGGACGUCUUUUCCACUGAGUGAUUUUAAUGAGAAAAAGAUCCAGCAAGAAGAUGAGACACUGAGCUGGAGCAGUGACGUGGAAGAAAGUGGAGGAGCCCUCUUUACUGUCCUCAGCUGACCUUUCUACACUUGUUCUGCUAGUUCAAUUCUUUGCUUUCAGCCAACAGACACAGUUAAGUGUCGACACCGAAACUCCCAGGAUGAUAAAGGGCAUGCUGACUUUCCUGUGCCGGAGUCUUUUUAGCAAGACGCAGUGUAUGCCUGCUGAAACUCCGGGGGAGGAAGAGACAGAGGCUGCUGGGAACUGCACAGAGCUGCAGGAAAAUACUGCACACUCCUCUGACAGUAACCAAAUCAGCACUAGUAAUGUUACUCCAAAGAAGAGCACAGUAUUAAUCAUGAUGGCACCAACUACGGAUCUUCAACAGAAAAUAGUGAAAGCAGGAGACAAAGACCUGGAUGGACAGUUGGAUUUUGAGGAGUUUGUUCAUUACCUCAGAGACCACGAGAAGAAACUGCGGCUGGUCUUCAAGAGUCUGGACAAGAAGAAUGAUGGCCGGAUCGACUCGCAAGAGAUCAUGCAGUCUCUGCGCGACCUGGGGGUGAAGAUCUCUGAGGAACAGUCUGAGAAGAUUCUCAAAAGAAUAAGGAGGGGUCAUGUCUGGGCCCCUAUCUUGUAUAUGGAUAAAAACGGCACAAUGACGAUUGACUGGAAUGAGUGGCGGGAUUACCACCUCCUGCAUCCAGCAGGCAACAUUCCUGAGAUCAUCCUCUACUGGAAACAUUCCACAAUAUUUGAUGUUGGGGAGAGUUUGUUGGUGCCUGAUGAGUUCACAGCAGAAGAGAAGCAAACAGGAAUGUGGUGGCGACACCUAGUGGCUGGAGGAGGAGCUGGUGCUGUGUCUCGAACAUGCACAGCGCCACUGGACAGGCUCAAAGUACUCAUGCAGGUUCACGCCUCUAAGAGCAACAACAUGCAUAUCACUGGAGGCUUUCUCCAGAUGAUCCGAGAGGGCGGUGUGAGGUCACUGUGGCGAGGCAACGGCAUCAAUGUCAUCAAAAUUGGCCCGGAGUCUGCUAUUAAGUUCAUGGCCUACGAACAGAUUAAACGAUUAAUGGGAAGUAACCAGGAGACGCUGGGUAUCUCAGAGAGACUGGUGGCGGGCUCUCUAGCCGGAGCGAUCGCUCAGAGCAGCAUCUACCCCAUGGAGGUGUUGAAGACGAGGUUAGCCCUGAGGAAGACCGGCCAGUACUCGGGCAUCUUGGAUUGUGCUAAACAUAUCUGUAAGAAGGAGGGUUUGGCUGCUUUCUACAAGGGCUAUGUCCCCAACAUGCUGGGCAUCAUCCCCUACGCUGGCAUUGACCUGGCUAUCUAUGAGACUCUGAAGAAUUACUGGCUGCAGCGCUACGCCACGGACAGCGCUGAUCCGGGAGUGUUUGUGCUCCUGGCUUGUGGCACCACUUCCAGCACGUGUGGCCAGCUGUCCAGUUACCCACUGGCCCUGGUCAGGACUCGAAUGCAGGCACAAGCUACCCUGGAAGGGGGCCCUCAAAUGACCAUGUCGACCCUGUUCAGACACAUUAUUAGGACCGAGGGGCCACUGGGACUCUACCGAGGCCUGGCACCCAACUUCAUGAAGGUCAUUCCAUCCGUCAGCAUCAGCUACGUGGUCUACGAGCACCUCAAGAUCACGCUGGGGGUCACGUCAAAGUGAGGAGGUCAAGCAGGGUUUUUUUGCUUUUCUUUUGAGCUGAAGAUUUACUGCUCUAAGAAGCAAGCAGCUGACAUUCAACAUAUUGAAAUUCCAGGGUGUAAAGGAUAAACAUGAGAUGAUGUGAAUGAAGAGGAAUUGAGAGACUGAUGGAGACUUUCCAGAUGGAGGAAAGCUUAACUGAAGCAACUUCUGUUAGUUGCCCUUAUUUAAAUAUGUCUUAAAGCAAUCCAGGAGUGCUAAUCUUGGGUUAAGACAAGACAAGUGUUUACAUUGAAUUAAUUUAAGUAUUUUACUAUGAUGUGGCAGGAGCAGUCCUGCUGGUCUGUGUAAAGGAAGAAUGUUUGUCUUAAAGGGCUUUGCUAGGGCAGAUCACAAACCUAAUUAAUGCUCUCGAUUUAAUAUCGCUUCGGCUUUCAAGAUCUGUCUCUUGCUCUCUCGCCGCCCAAACAAAGCCACAAAGUGGCUGCUUAAUGAAAAAUGCACAGUAGCUAUAUAGGUUAAGUCAUAAGGCGUUAGUAAUUCAUGCACACAAAUGAUUUCAUCGAGACCGUGAAUUUCCUUUUUGUUUUGCAAGAUUCGCUGCUUUUAGAGACAUUCGCUUGUGAUCACAAGCAUGAAACAACAAAGGUGUCUCCUGAUGAUGUGAUUAAACUUUACUUUGUGUUAAAAGGUUCUUUAUGAUAUCAGAUUAUAUCAUCAACAACUAUUGUCUAUAUAAAGAUAUAGAGGAGUAAUGUCUGACUGAGUCUAUGAUAUCACAGCAUUAAUAUAUAUCAUCAACAGCUAUUGUCUAUGUAAGGGAUAACGUACAGCGAGCUGGUUA